CUAGCCCUCUAGAGAUGGCCUAAGGUCCCCGAACUCGUCCGAGUCCCAUUAACUCUGCUCGCGGCUUAGAGUCGCCGAUGGCGGCAGCAGCAGCCGCAGCUUCACCCUGCAUCUUCUGCCAGAUCGCUGGAAAGCCCACCUCUACCACUCUCCUCCACACUGAUGAAAAGGUCGUUGCUUUUCAAGACAUCAACCCGGCUGCUGUAAGGCAUUACUUGGUUGUUCCAGUGGAUCACAUUCCAAGUGUUAAGGAUCUUCAGAGGAGACCUGAAGACUACUCUUUGGUAAGUCACUUGUUAGAAGUGGGGAAAAAGCUAAUACAACGAGAUGCACCGCAAUGCCAUCAGUACAGAUUUGGAUUUCAUCAGCCUCCAUUGAACUCCGUUAACCAUCUUCAUCUACAUUGUUUCGCACUACCUUACACACCCAGAUGGAAGUGUAUAAAGUAUUUGUCUGUGGGAUCAAUUGGAUUUGUUGAAGCUGAAAAGCUGCUGGGCAAGAUCAAGCCUUUGCCACCAGGUAUUUCAAAAGCUUGAUGUGCAUCGUAAGUAGUAGUUGAAACUUGAACACGACUACGUUGGCUUUCUGUAAAAUUACGCCUGAUGAAUUAUGUAUCGUCGAUUGUUCUUAGU